UCGCCAAAAGGGCACGCAACCAUUCAUCCGGGAGGUAUACAAUUUCAUAAUCCAACAGGGACAAACAAGAAGAUGCACAAUUUUACUGCUUUAGCAUGCUUGGCUUCCCUCUGCUUAUUCCUUCAAGACACCAAUGCAUUUGUAUGCACAACAACUACAAUAAAGGCGUGUGGCCCAGCUGCGAAGUUGACUGGAGAGGAUAGAAAAUGCAGCGUCUUCAAUACCUGCAUCAAUGGGUUAUGCAACCCGCACGAUAUAGAUUUUGAAAAACAAUUAACCAUCAAUGAUGUCAGAAGGGAAUUGGGAUGCGUAAAUGGUGCCAGUGGAUUGGUGUACAGUACCGUGGCCAUUGUUGUAGGAGUUUGCCUUCAGAGAUUGUUUUAAAAGUCAUCGCUCGACAAGCGUUGUAAUGAACAAAUCUUUAUUUGAAUAUAUUCACAUGAUAUCUAGUUAGUGUCUCAUUAUGUUUAGAGAAACCAAUUACACUAAAUUAUUCUCGAAUGUGCAUUGAUGUAAAAUAUAAUUUUCAUUAUCAAUAACAAGACAUGAAUUACAUGUACAGACACCUUACAUCUACAGACAUCUUCAAUUCAUCAGAUAUCUGUUUGUUAAAUUGUAUCAAUAAAUGUGA